AUGCUUUUCUCGCCCUCUUCCCGGCCCAUUGCCCGCGCCCUAGGCCAGCCGCGGCGCUGCGCCAGAGUCCUCUCCACGCUUCCGAACAACCCUCACGUUUACGUCCACACCGACCCGCUGACCUCGACCCACACCCUCACCCUCACGCCGACGACGCCGCCCGUCAAGUCCCUCGCGCUCGGCACGGCCUCGUCCAUCCCGCCCACGCCCAACAGCUUCCGCGAGAACCCCGCCUUCCGCGGCAUCCUGCAAUCGGUGCUGGCGGCGCACGCGGUGCACGACCCGGCCGUGCAGUCGCAAGCGGCGGCCUACGCGUCGCAAGCGGGCAGCAUGCUGGGCGGGGGCGGCGUCGUCUUCCCCUCGAACCACCCUUCGCAGCAGCAGCAACAGAAACAGGCCGGAAAGAGGUCGCGCCCCUCGUCGGGCCCGGGCAGCGUGGGCGGCGGCACCGCCAGCAAGGCGGCGUCGCACUCGGCGUCGACGGGCGGCGCCGGCGGCGCCAGCGCCCAGGGGGGCAGCGGCGGCGCGGGCCGCGGCGGCUGGGUCCAUGUCAGCGACCAGCGCAACCCGCCCGACUACGGCCGCAUCGCCUGGCCCGAGGACAUGUUCGGCAGCGUCGAGGUCGACGGCCGCGGCCACUUCGUCGACGGCGCCGGCAACUACCAGGAGAGCGGUACCUACCGCAUGUGCACCAACGAAGGCUUCCUGGGACUGAGCCCCUACCUGCGCGAGAAGGUCGUCGAGAGGUUGGAGGUAUUGGAGAAGCAGGAGAGGGGCGAAUGA